AUGCGAGAGAGAGUACUAACCGAGCAUUUACGAUGCUCUACAAACGUUCGAGAUGCACCAUUUCUCUUAUGUUCCGCAACCUCAAUGGUGACACCGCGGCCACUGAAAACCGAUAUAUACGAAUUGGUAAUUGGUGCAAAGUGGGCGCCCAAAAUGUCCUCGUCGAUACAAAGUGAUCCAACCAAUGAUGUUGAUUCUUUAGAUUAA